AGGGCCAACCGCCACUCGUUUCCGUAGCGACCGGCGCCGGGAAUUUGAAAAUUGGUGACCGUUGAGGCGGCUCUCGCGAGACCUGCACUGAGUAGGCGGGGCUCGAUUUAAAUGGCGGCGCUUUCCGUAUAUUCUCAGGAGUUUUGGGUUUUCGCUGCUUUGACUUGAGUCUUGAUCGAUAGUUGAUCAUCGGUGUAGACCUCACCCGCUCUCCGGUCAUGGAAUUACCUGGCAGACCCACGUCGGCAAGACUUAAUUCGAGGAAGUCCUCUUUAGCUGCACCCAAACGUCGUGCUUCAAUGUGUGUUUCCACUAGGACCUCAAGUAAUGCGGUAGCUUCCCCAACUACUAGCAAUACUAGUGAAGCAGCAUCACAACGCAGACGUUCACUCCUGACCAGAAAAAGUCCAGCGCAAGGUUGCUCAAAAAUGCCGCUGCCUGAAUUAGGAAAACAGACGAUUGGCAACUUGAAAGCUUUUGAAAAGCAAUUGCCAAGCGCACCAAGUGUCUCCCCUGUCAAAAAGGGCCGAUUCAGCACGGGCUCCUUUACUGUAAAUCCAACUCAAAAGUUGCAUAAAAAAGCAGAUACCAAAUUCAAAGCAGCCGCAGUCUCAAAAGAAAAUUCUUUGAAUGCAACUUAUUGCCUGCCAAGUUCUGAAGAUGCAUCUAUGAGGCAGAUUCCUCAGAAAGAAGAUUUGGAUAUGAUGAUGGUACAUCAAAAUUUGCCCAACAUUGGUAUUUCUAAAGGUAGACCUGAACAGGAGCAAACAGAAUCAAACCUUUGCCCUCUUCCGUUUAUGGAAUCAAGUAACUUAUCACCUUUAUUUACCAGUUUCAUUGCAGAAGAAUGUCUACAUAUAGCUGCUAACUUAAAUGACAAAAGUGAGAUCUGUCCCUGGUUUACAGUUGGUACAGUAAAUCCAAUUCCAGUGACUAGUGUUUCCAUGAUAAAUGAGGAACCUGUACCAUUAGAUAGUUCUGUCUACUCCUGCUGUUCAAACACCUCUCCAGCAAAAUCGCCACUUCUCUGUAUCUCCAAAUUUAAAGAAAAUAUCUUGGAUAUGAGUAGUCAACAAAAGCUUGCAGAAGCAGAAAUCAAAACUGGAGACUUGCCUGUUGGUACUAGAAUGAAUAAUGACUAUAUUGAGACUGGAGCUCUGCCUUUGUCCCCUUUGGGAAAUUUGAUACAAUUCAAUGAAACUGUAACAGAAGGUUACUUAAAUGAUGAGAAAGGUAAUGCACUAAAGCAUGAGGUUUAUUCCAGCAAUGUCCUGAGCAAGUCCCCUCCAUCCACUGUAGAGUAUAUCCAGUUAAAUGUACCUGAAGUGUUGAGUGAUGCAUCAACCACAUGUUUAGGUGCAAAGAAUGAUGCCUCUUCGACUUUUAUGCCAACCAAGAUCCAGUCUAACUCCAAUUUGUCUCUUUCGAAGGUAGAUUUGUUAUUGAGUGAAAGAAGUAUGUCAGGUGAUGAAAAACAAAUUUUGCCAAAGCACAGAAGUAGUUUUGAAAAUGAAUUUGAGCCACCUGAUUUGUUAGGUUGCACACCAUCUCUUGCUUUGUCAACAGAUUUAAUCCAGUUGAAUGAUACAAUAACAGUGAGAGAUAAUAAAAAUGUAACAUUUGAUUUAUCAAAGCAUGAAAGCAGUUUUGGAAAAGGUCUCCAGACUUCUCCCUUAUCUAACUUUAAGCAGUCCGUGUCUCCUCAAGAUUUGGAGAAAUUAAAUGUAACUAUGAAUGUGGAUGACUUCAAAAAUACAACUUUCGAUACCUCAAAAUAUAAAGAUUUGGGAAAUGACUUCAAUUGCAAGCUGCCUGUAUCUACGAGGGAAGGGAUUCAAUUAAAUGCCACCAUGACUCUGGAUGACCAUAAAAAUGCAACAUUUGAUGCAUCAAAACAUGAAGGCUGUCUUGCAAAUGAUACUUUGUCUAAUUGUGAGCUGUCUCUAUCAACAACCAACCAAGAUCAAUUAUCCCAUUCAACUAUCAGCCACAAGGAUACAACAUUUGAUGCACCAAAACGUGAAGGCAGUUUGGCAAAUAACCCAAACAAAACAACCAACUUGGCCGAUUGCAAGCUGUCUCUAUCGUCGGACUCUAAUGAAGUCAGACUGACUCCCAAGAAUCUUAAGCUUGUGAGAAAAGAUGAUGCUCUGGCUUCCAGGUCAGAGUUGGAGCAAGUAGAGACGAGUGGCAAAAAUAAUUACUCCAAUUUGUCUCUGAACUUCAAGAAGGACAGUGUUUCUACAAGUACAGAGACAAGAUCGAGUGAAGUAAACCAAGGUGAAGAUGUCUGCAUUUCUGCAGAAUUGUGUGAAGGUGUUUGUGCAGUCGAAAGAAGUCUCCCUUUCAUAGACAUCUCCCAGAAAAAGGAACAAAGUAUCUGUGAGCAUGCAGAUUCAUUUCAUGAUCUAGUGAGUUCGGAAUGGGCUCCAAACUGCAUUUCUACUCCAUGCCUUGCUGGGAAACAGAAUUUUCCAGAAUACCUACAACUUGACCAUUCUUUCCUGGCCUCAUCUUCCACCCUUCAGGAUGAUGUACGUGGAGUCGGCAAGUGCUCAAAUGAACAAGACAGGACCAAAGAUGCUGCCAGAACCUCUGGCACUGAUGUUCCUGGAACUAAAUUCUGUGGUAGAAAACCAUCUAAUGCAUCCAGCCAGCAAUUGCAGCAAACCAAAAUGGGAAAUGAAAAUUCCUUAAAGCAUGUUUCUUAUCUCCCGGCAGCCAGAAAGAAAAAUAUUAGUGAAGCAUCAGUGUCUGAAGUCUGCAAAUCUGGAGCUCAAAAAGAUAUUGUACCACCUUUAGCUCAGAUGUGUAAAAUAGGCUCUUCUGCGGAAAGAGGAAAGCCUUCAAUUCAACCGCCUGGCUUUUCCAAGUUGUGCCUUCCGAAACCUCGUCCGCUUUCAGGAAGACUGAGCCGUGCAGUAGCAACUGGACAAAUUUCAGGAAAUAACAAGCUUCCAUCAUACCACAUCGGAGUCUCAACCAAAAUGUCUCCUAAAAUCAAAUCUACUCAACUUUUAAGUAAAGCUAUCUCAAAGAUACCUGGAGUGAAGAGAACAUCUUCCGUGGUAUCAUCAAAAUUAACUGUGCAGGAAACAAAAGCAGAGUUGAAAUCAGAACUUUUCAACAUAGGUAUGGCUGGCCCUCAUGUCAACAGAAAAGCAAACAAGCCUUUAGUUUUGGACUCCCAAAAUGUUGUGACUGGCAUAAAACGCACAAACAGUGCAGUAGAACAGAAGCGAGGUCUAUAUCCAUCCCCGAAGAGAUCAAAGACAGCGGGAGAGGUGACUACCAAAUAUACAAAACCAAAACCAUUACUGGGCAACUGUAAGCAGAAGAUAGCAAUGAAGGCAAGAGAGAGUCUAACAUCAGAAUCAAAAGUCAAAAUGGUUAAAACUGCUGUAGAGGAGUCAAUGUUUAAAUCCAAGCAGGAACUUGAAGUGGUCAAGCUUCAGAGAAAAAACAAAGAGCUGGAAGAGAAAAUUGCAAUUUUGGAGCUACAGAAUGCUGCCCUUCGGCAGGGGAAAGAGAAUCUUGCCCCCGUCCCAGAAGAAAGACCUGGUAUCUAGUGCCUAUUGUCCAAUUACCUCCCCUUUCAAAUGUGUUUUAAAAGGACCUUGUUGUAAAUCUAACCACCAUUUAAAUUAUGUGGAAUGACCUUUUAAUCUAUAAUUACUUGUCUCCGGUCAAAUUAAUCAAAUGCAUAACCGGGCAAAUGUGCUAGUUUAUCAGCAAAUUCUUGAAUUUUUGUAAUCAUGUUAAUUGUAACCCUAAGGGUUGCGUAUUUUGAAACUUGAGUAUUAACUUUUGAAAACCAAGCUGCUUCAAUAUUUAAUCUGUGGUCUCCCUGUAUAACCUGCUUGCUUGCUGUUUUUCUGUUUGUAUGUGUAUACAUUGUAUUUUUGUAAAUGUUCUAAACAAAUAAAAUUUAUCAAGGA